AUGCCGUCCCCAUUCUUCACUCGGAACACCAUAGCCGACAAGGAUAGCCUCGCUUUACUACAGCUACGCCGCGACCAGAUCAUCCCGACGAUCCUCCGCGACCAUGACGACGAGAAUCAAGGCUACUGGGAAGGAAAAGUCACCAACACUCGCUUCGGCUCGUUUCCGCACAGCACUCUGAUCGGUCAGCCCUGGGGCACGCAAGUCGGCGCCUCAAAAGUCGACACAGGCUCUCGCGGUCGCAAAUCAACCAAGCGCAAGGCCGAGGAGCUCGACGCAGCAACAACGCCAAGCGGAGAGGAGGAUGCAAACAAAAAGCCAUUACUCCGCGCCCCCGUCGCAGCAGACAGCGGCUUCCUGCACAUUCUCGCCCCGACCCCCGAAGCAUGGACCAUCUCCCUCCCUCACCGCACACAAGUCGUCUACACCCCGGACUACAGCUACAUCCUCCACCGCCUGCGCGCCCGACCAGGCUGCACAGUCAUCGAAGCCGGAGCCGGCAGUGGCUCGUUCACGCAUGCCGCCGCCCGCGCCGUCUUCAACGGGUAUCCGGAGGCCGAGCAAGCCGCGAAACGGCAGCGUCUCGGCAAGGUAUGCAGUUACGAGUUCCACGAGCAGCGCGUCGGCAAGGUGCAGCAGGAACUUCGAGACCACGGUCUGGACGGGAUGGUCGAGGCUACGCAUCGCGACGUCUACGAAGACGGCUUCCUGCUCGGCGACCCGAUAACCGGCAAAUCGCCCAAGGCCAACGCCAUCUUCCUUGAUCUGCCUGCUCCCUGGCUGGCACUGAAACAUCUCGUGCGCAAUCCCCCGGAUGGACGAGAGUCUGCGCUUGACCCGGAGUCGCCUGCGUAUCUGUGCACGUUUUCGCCGUGUCUGGAGCAGGCGGAACGCACGAUCCGCACGAUGCGCCAAUUGUCAUGGCUGAAUAUCUCCAUGGUGGAGGUUGCUCAGCGUAGGCUUGAUGUCAAGCGUGACCGUGUGGGUCUGGAUACCGAGGGUGUGCGUGGAGCAACUACGUUCCCGAAGACCGUUGAGGAGGCUGUUGCCAAGCUUCGCAGUGAUGAAGAGCGUGCGAAGCUCAUUCGUGAUCACCGUCAGACUAAGGACGAGCCGAAUUAUCAGCCUAUUGUGAAGGAGACGCCGUUUUAUAAAGAGAAGUCUAAUGUUCCGUUGUAUGCUCAGGGUCGUUUGACGCAUCGGUCAGAGCCGGAUCUUAGGACUCAUACUUCGUACCUUGUGUUUGCGAUCUUGCCGCGGAGCUGGUCGGAAGAAGAUGAGCAGAAAUGCAGGAAGCAAUGGCCCUCGGCGCAGAUUUCGAAGACUGAUAAUGAACCUCCGUUGAGCAAGAAGCAAAUGAAGAAACAGGCUGCUAUUGAAAGGGCGAAGCUCAAGGAGGCAGAGAAGCAGAAGACAGAACAGGCACAGUCGGAAUCGGGGGAUAAGACUGAGGCAAAGGUCGAAGAGCAGACGUCCGAGGCAUGA